AUGUGCAUCGCCUUGGUCUCAACCCUCCACCCGGCCUAUUCUCUCAUCGUCAUUGACAAUCGAGAUGAAUUCCUCCAUCGUCCGACUUCGUCUCCCGACUGGUGGCCGGAGCCAUCCUCGUUCGUCCUCGGCUCACGCGACCUAGCACGGGCGACCCACGGAACUUGGAUGGGGGUCACCAAGCAAGGGAAAGUAGCAGUUCUCACCAACUACCGCGAAGACACAGCGAUCGAGGCGAUCGGGCAAUACAUCCCCCCCCAUGAGCAUCAGACCACCCACGACUUUGUACAAUCUAUGGUGGCCAGCCCAGAGGCCAAAAAGGUUGGCGGGUUUAGUCUGAUCUGUGGUCACAUCAACGAACCUCUGGCGAUUGUCUCUAACCGGUCUUCCAAUAUGGACCACAUCACCUGGGUCGCUAGUGAGAGGAAUCAAACCCGAGGUCUCAGUAAUACUAGCGUGGAUGACCGAUCAUGGCCAAAGAUUAUCAACGGCGAGAAACUCAUGGAAGAAGCCAUUGAAGGCCAUGUACAGGCCGAAGAAGACGAGGAAGCCCUGUUGGAGCGCCUUCUCGCAGUCCUGAGUACCGAUACAUUGCCCCGGCCUGCUGGCGUGAAGGAUACACUCGACGAUUACGUCAAUCUCCUCAGAGAGAGUAUCUUCGUCCCGAUACUUGGGUCUGACAAAGUCCCAGCCCAGACUGCAGAACAAGACGCUACCGCCCGCAAACUCCUUGAUCAAAAUUAUUCUUCGGGUCCAUAUGGAACGCAGAAACAAACGAUCCUCUUGGCGCGACCCGAUGGCCGUGUGAGGUACUUUGAGCGGACUCUCUACGAUGACAAGGUGAAUGCCGUGCCUAUCGGACAGGGCGACCGGUCCUUCGAGUUCCACGCGGAGCCAUAG